CUAACAUCCUACCUCACAAACCUGAACUCCAUAUACCGAUCCCUCACCCACGCCCUAAUCAAGCUCCUACCCGGCGUAGGUGUCUCUGAUUCCCAUUUGGGUAAUGGAUACCCGUGGAAACCAUCCCAACAGAUUCUGGACUUGUUCUGGACUUUUGGCGCCCCAGGCGCUGCUUCGGCCGCAGGUCAGGCUAUGGUGAGUGCGGAGAGUCUCGACAAUGACCAUCCCAGAAAACAUGUCAACAACCUAGAUGGCUUGCCGUUGAGGUUGAGGAGUGCGCAUUAUGCGUUGAUGGAGAACUUUCUUGAUACGCCUAUUAGGCUAAUGGGGUGUAAAAGAUUCGCGCUCACCGCUGCUCUGGCGCAAGUCCUUGCGCCCAACGAUGCGCAGAUCGUGAAUCUGCUUGGCUUUCAUGUCAUUGCGAAGCUGCUUGUGCACUACCCAGCGUAUCUGGGCAACAUUGCUCUGCCCAGGACGCUGGCGCACAUCAGUGCAACGAUUGCGUUGAUAGACGUGGGCUGGAGGCUGGCUACUGGUGCAUAG